UCUCUUGGUCGCACAGUGACAGCAUAACAGAACUCCCGAGCCCAAACUCCAAAUUCCUCUGCCCUCCUCUAGACGACGUCGCAUCAAGUCUCCUCCUUUCUUUUCUUGGAGAACUAGGCUGGUUGAUUUAGCAAAUGGAUAGUGAUUUUCAAAGCAAAUCAUUAGAAAAAAGUGACAAGGACGCAAUAUUUGGAGAAAGUGAUGAACUAAGAGUAGGGAUGGAGGUUAGUGAUGAAUCUGAAGCUUACCAGUUCUGCAACACCUAUGCCUUUAACAAAGGUUUUAGUAUUCGCAAGGGGCAUCUUCGAAGAGAUUCGCAAAAUAAUGUCCGGCAACGAGAAUUUUUGUGCUCAAAGGAAGGAUUUCAAGUAGAUGAAGACUUAUGUGAAGCGAAGAAAGUGAGAAGGCUAGAUACAAGAACAGGUUGCAAGGCUGUAAUUCGAUUCACUGUGGAAAAUGGUAUGUGGAAGCUCUCCUACAUCAAUCCAGUUCAUAAUCACGAGUUUGCUAAGCCUGAGGAGCGACAAUUUCUAAGAUCAGGUCGAAAUAUACCAAGUGUUCGUGCAACUAUCCUUGGCUCUAAGAGUGAUGGGACUAUAAGACCAGCAAAAUCAUUUUCAUACUUGGGAAAAGAGUUUGGCAGUGAUGAGAAUGAUGGAUCUACUAAUAAAGAUUUGCGUAAUUGUUUGCAAAGGAGUAAGGAUGAAAUGAUAGGAUGGAAUGGACAAAGCUUGAUAAAUUAUUUUAAGCAUAAACAGAUGGAGGAUCCAAAUUUUUUCUACAGUGUUCAAGUGGAUCAAUUUAGUCGAAUCACAAAUUAUUUCUGGAGAGAUGGUAGAUCAAAGUUGGAUUAUGAUUGCUUUGGAGACGUUGUAUGUUUUGAAACUACGUUUCGAACCAACAGCAAUCUAGUUUGUAGUCCAAUUUUGGGAGUCAAUCACCAUUGGAAGAAUAUCUCAUUUGGUUGUGCUUUUUUAUUGGACGAGAGUGCUGAUUCAUUUAUUUGGUUGUUUGAAACAUUUUUGGAGUCGAUGGGAAAUAAACAGCCAAAAACCAUUUUCACGGAUGAGGAUAAAGCAAUGGAAAAGGCAAAGGCAAUUGAGACUGUGUUCCCAGAGACACGGCAUCGGUUAUGCAAUUGGCAGAUCUCCAAGAAUGCUACACAACAUCUUGCUAGUCAUUGUGCUGAUCCUGAAUUCAAGAAGCACUUCAACAAAUGCUUUCUUGAUUGUUUUACUGAAGUGGAAUUUCAAAAUUCCUGGGAUGACAUGAUUAAAAUGUUCAACCUUGAAAGCAAUUCGUGGCUGAAGAUGUUGUAUUCACUUCGAGAGAAAUGGUGUCCUGCAUUUAGCCUAGAUACUUUCUCAGCAAAUAUUGGAUCAAGCCAGAGGGGUGAGAACACAAACACUAUUUUCCAUCAAGUUUCUAGAAAAACAGUGGAUCUUGUUAGUUUUGUACAGCAUUAUGAGCAAAAAACAAAAAAGAUGCGAUUCACAGAGUUGGAAGAGGAUUUUCGUUGUAAAAAUGCUAUGCCUCAUGUUAGAGUAAAUAGUGGUAUCUUUAAGCAUGCAGCUACUGAGUACACUGUCAAAAUGUAUUCAUUCUUUGAAAAUGAGCUUAUGAGUAUUUUUGGGGUGAGGAUGGUAGAAGUUGGUAAUGAUGGCAAUCAAUAUAUUUAUGAAGCAAUUGAAGAAGGUCUUCAAAGAGUCUACAUGAUUCAAUACAACUCUACUACGCCCAUGAUUUCUUGUUCAUGUAAGUUAUUUGAAUCCAUGGGGUUGUUGUGCCGUCAUGCCCUAAAAGUACUGGAUUUUAAAAACUAUACAAGCAUACCAACACAAUACAUAGUGAAGAGAUGGACUAAAGGGGCAAAGAAAGGGAUUGUGGUGAGUAAUGAGUUCUGUAUGUCAUCAUAUAGAAAGGCCAAGUCUGCCCAAUCGCUGCGCCUAAGUGAGUUGAUGCAUGAAGGAAAUAAUGUUUUCAGUAUAGGCUCAUUGUGUGAUUCAGGAACGAGGAUUGUCAGACAAAAGUUAGCGGAGACCAUAAAGUUACUAGAAAGUGACGAGGAAACUACCAACAUGCUGGGAAGUUUGAGCAAAGUAGACGACCAAUCUGGUCAUGAUGUGCUUCUUGAUAAUGGAAGUGUGGAAUCCCCCAGUUGUGAUGGCUAAAGGAAAAAUGCUAUAUUGAAAAGUACAUGUUCAGGGUAUUGCUUACUUUUGUUCUGAAAAUUGCACUUCAUUGCGUAAGAUGUUCAGAAAUGAAAGGUGAACUGUCUCAGUAUCAUCUCUGGGGUCAUCUUCGAUAUCAUCAACGGGCAUGAUCCUCCUCUCAGUAUUGCUGAAACCUGGGGUCGCAUUAGGUCAUUUUCAUGAAGUUGGUUUGAGAGGAUUAAGGAGCAGAAGGCACAUGAAGAUAGUGUGGAGGUGGAUGAGGAGGCAGAAGCUUAGACCAAUAUUCAACCAUGUAGGGUCCCAGAAGCAGUUUCUGGUUCUGGGCAUGACUUGGUUUACAGAGCCCAACUUCAAGCAGCAGGCUAAACCAGUAAAUGAUUAUCCACAACACAUGUCCCCUUGAAGUCUAUGAAUUACUAGCUAAGAAGCUUUGCUCUGCAUUAUCAUUUUUUGAUUGUUUUGCUGUAACC